CACACACAGUUAAGCACUUAACAGCAGUAGCAGCGGCUACAACAGAAACAGAACAAGCGUUUCACUGAAAUUGAAUAUGCUGUUACUCCUUAUUAUUACCCUAAAUUACACUCAUAAAACCCUAGAAAAUUAAUUACUGGAUGCAAAUUCAGAGAACCCAAGUGGAAAGUUCCAAACUUUUUGCUCCCUCUCAAUUCAUUGAUCAGUUUUCAUACUCAAUUGCACUUCAAUUUCUCAAUUUCUUAACUCUCUCGAGAUUCAUUCAUGUGGAUGAUAUUUGAAGGUUGCUCAUUUAUGGGAUGUAGUGCAAUUUUGUCCUGCUUAGGUGAUUGCUUGAAGACCAACUGUUGAGACAUGGUACCUCCGGGUCCAGGGCCACCAACUCCCAUUGGCGGUGCUCAUUCUCUCUCACCUUCUCUAAUGAGAACAAAUUCAGGAAUGUUAGGAGCUCAAGGGGCUCUCAUGUCUUCGCAGACAUCUUACCCUUCGCUCAUGUCUCCUCGUACUCAGUUCAACAACAUGAACAUUCUAGGAAAUAUGUCCAAUAUAACUUCUAUGCUGAAUCAAUCAUUUUCAAAUGGAGUUCCAAGUCAUCUCACUGGUCAAGGAAGUAGCCAGCGUGGAGGAAUUGAAACUGGAGCUGAAACAGGCCAACUUUCCAGUGCUGGAAAUGGGACAAGCUUCAAUAAUUCUCCAUCCUCAUUUAUGCAAUCAAAUAUGGCGAAUGUAGGUUACUCUGGUCAAAUUCAGGGUCAGCAAUUUUCGAACCCUUCUAGCAACCAACUAUUGCCAGAUCAUCAACAUUCUCAACAGCUUGAUCCUCAAAAUUUCCAACACAGCCAGCAGUCAAUGCAACAGUUCUCUCCUCUGAAUACACAGCAGCAGCAACAUUUUCAAUCAAUGCGAGGAGGAAUAGGUGGAAUGGGACCAGUGAAGUUAGAGCCCCAGGCAAACAAUGACCAACAUGUACAGCAUCAGCUGCAAUCAAUGAGGAAUCUUCCUCCAGUGAAAUUGGAUCAACAACAAAUUCAAACAAUGAGAACUCUUGCACCAGUUAAAAUGGAGCCCCAGCAUUGUGAUCAACCGUUAUUUUUGCAGCAGCAACAACAGCAGCAGCAGCAGCAGCAGCAACAGUUCCUUCACAUGUCGAGACAAUCUUCUCAGGCUGCUGCUGCUCAGAUCAAUCUUUUGAACCAUCACAGGCUUUUACAGUUACAACAACACCAGCAGCAACAACUCUUAAAGGCAAUGCCUCAGCAACGAUCUCAAUUACCACAACAAUUUCAACAGCAGAAUAUGCCUACGCGGUCUCCUGUGAAACCCACAUAUGAACCAGGGAUGUGUGCAAGGCGGCUGACAUACUACAUGUAUCAGCAACAACAUAGACCCGAGGAUAACAACAUCGAGUUUUGGAGGAAGUUUGUCGCUGAAUAUUUUGCUCCCAAUGCGAAGAAGAAGUGGUGUGUUUCUAUGUAUGGAAGUAGCAGACAAACAACUGGAGUUUUCCCUCAGGAUGUAUGGCACUGCGAAAUAUGUAAUCGCAAACCUGGCCGUGGGUUUGAAGCAACUGUUGAGGUUCUUCCCAGGCUUUACAAGAUAAAGUACGAAAGUGGUACUCUGGAAGAGCUACUUUAUGUUGACAUGCCCCGUGAAUAUCAUAAUUCCUCGGGCCAAAUUGUUCUAGACUAUGCAAAAGCGAUACAAGAAAGUGUUUUUGAGCAACUUCGUGUUGUUCGUGAUGGUCAACUUCGAAUAGUUUUCUCUCCAGACCUGAAGAUAUGCUCUUGGGAAUUUUGUGCCCGUCGGCAUGAAGAGCUCAUCCCCAGAAGAUUGUUAAUACCUCAGGUUAGUCAGAUUGGAACGGUUGCUCAGAAAUACCAGUCUUUAACUCAAAAUACAACACCGAAUAUAUCUGCUCCAGAGUUACAAAACAAUUGCAAUAUGUUUGUUACGUCAGCCCGUCAAUUGGCUAAAACCCUCGAAGUUCCAUUAGUUAAUGAUUUAGGAUAUACUAAGAGAUAUGUGCGCUGCCUACAGAUAUCAGAGGUGGUAAAUAGCAUGAAAGACUUGAUAGAUCACAGUAGAGAAACAGGGACUGGACCUAUGGAGAGCUUAGCCAAAUUCCCUCGGAGAACAGUUAAUUCGUGUGGAGUUCGAAAUCAAACUCAACAGCAUGAAGAUCAAUUAAAACAACAACAGCAACAACAAAUGGUGGUACAUAACUCAAAUGGAGAUCAAAACCCAGUGCAAGCUGCUGCCGUGCAAAUUGGUUCCGGCAACGGUAUGGUUAGUGUAAAUAGUUCUGUCAACUCAGGGUCUGCAUCAACAACCACAAGCACUAUUGUUGGACUUCUCCACCAAAACUCCGUGAAUUCUAGACAAAAUUCAAUGAACAAUGCAAACAGUCCAUAUGGAGGUAGUUCUGUUCAGAUUCCAUCCCCUGGUUCCUCCAGUACCGUGCCACAGGUCCAGCCAAGCUCAUCACCUUUUCAGUCACCGCCUACACCAUCCUCAUCUAAUAACCCCCCACCAACACCUCAUUCUACUUUAACGCCUCCCAAUCAAAUAAAUACAACAAAUUCAACAGCUAAUAUUUCCUUGCAACAACAACAUCAAUAUCAACCAUCUCUUUCUGGUGAUGCUGACCCAAGUGAUGCUCAAAACUCGGUCAAAAAAAUCAUACAUGAGAUGAUGAUGGCCUCCCAGAUGAAUGGCACAGGUGGAAUGACAGGUGUUGGUUCUCUAGGAAAUGAUUUGAAGAAUGUAAAUGGCAUUCUGCCAAUGAGUGCAAAUACAGGGCUCAACAAUAGUAAUGGCACACUUCACAAUAAUACAGGUGUUGGUAGUUAUGGAACAAUGGGGUUCGGUCAAUCCACUAUGCCUAAUGGAAUCAGAGCUUCUAUGGUAAACCAUUCAAUCAUGAAUGGAAGGGGAGGAAUGUCAUCUAUUGCUCGGGAUCAAGCUAUGAAUCAUCAAUCGGAUCUUUCAAAUCAACUACUUAGUGGUCUAGGAGCAGUAAACGGUUUUAGUAAUCUUCAAUUUGAUUGAAAACCUUCUCCUUGAUAGCCUUUUCCGUUUCUAGAUGGUAUGCAUGUUGUGGUUCUUGACAGCUGCUUGUGCUGCAUGAUGAGCAAUGGUAGAAUUGCCUUCGAUGGCAGGACACAGUUGGGUAGUGAUAGGGUGUAGGCGACUGUGCCGAUAUAUGAUUUUAUAUAUAAGAAAUGAAAAUUUGAUGGCUGGUUUGGCUUAUGCGGCUGAUUUUUUCUUGUGAAUUCAAGUAAAUUUAUGUUUAAAUUUUGUACUGUCAUGGGUUUUUUCCACCAAACUCGCCCUUGAUACACACAGUUGAGGAAGGUGACAAUUUUUGUCUACAAAAGUAACCGGUUGUUGGGAAAGUAAUUAGAUAUUAUCCCAAACAAUCAUCAAUUUUAAGGUAAUCAGCAUUCAAACAUUGAAGGAAGUCUGUUUAUCCAGUGUAAACUUUUACAGAUGAUGAAAAAUUCAAGAAAUAUACAAAGAUUAUUCAAUGUGUUGAAUCCAUAAAUUGAAAGAGGAUCAUUACAUAGUGAUGAUAAAGAUACAAACUACCUUUUGCCUUGUAAGGCAUGGAAAAGAAUGGGAUAAAAUGAAAA